AUAAUUGGUUUAUCAACUCUUUUUCAAUUUGAAAAAAUGAACAUAUACAAGGGUAAGAAUUUGUGAAUAGUUUUGAUGCGAAAUAACCUUGUCCACACUCCAGUCUAGUUAGUAGCGGUAUUGCACCUCAAGUUGACUUGCCAACCGCCAAUAAGCCCCGUAGAAGAAGAACCGCAUUCAAAAUGCCAUAAUGGUAGGGGGCAGUAAUGAGUAAAGGAUGCCAACUACCACAUAACGGGAAAAGGAGCAGGCGAAGAAGAACAUCAGCUAAAUAACCCACGGUGUGGUAAACCUAAUGACGCGACUUUUCUACACAUUUUUUCAGCCACCCUCUUUAGAACGGCGUUAACGGCUGAGCUUGCUGGGUGGAGGUGGGAGCCGCUAUCCGGAGCUUCCAUCACCGCUGGCUGAUGCGGCACCUCGGGUGGUUCUUGCGCGCUUGCGCCUUGGUGCUGCUCUUCCUCAUGUUUGUCACCAAGUUUAUCAGCAACAAAGCUGUCAACGAUUUUGGAGAGGUGGCUGGUGUUCAGAACUGGACAGUGGCAAAGCUUCCAAUGCCCACUUCUGUAAAAACUCUUGCACAGCAACAAGAUCAGUCCUCAGCUUCCCCUACGACGGCUGAGUGGGAAGGCGUUUUGGCAGAGCGAAUCCAGCUGCUCUCAACUGUUUGUAAGAACAGUCAACUCAGGAAUACGACUCACGUCCCAAUCAGCAAGUUCGUCCUGGACCGCAUCUUUGUUUGUGACAAGCACAACAUCUUGUUCUGCCAGACACCCAAAGUGGGCAACACGCAAUGGAAGAAGGUCCUCAUUGCUCUCAACGGAACCUUCUCCAGUGUAGAGGAGAUCCCGGAGAAUCUCGUCCAUGACCAUGAGAAGAACGGCCUGCCCCGCCUCUCGUCGUUCAAGCCACAAGAAAUUGCACUCAGAUUGAACACUUACUUUAAGUUUUUCAUCGUGAGAGAUCCAUUCGAGCGCCUGAUCUCUGCAUUUAAGGACAAGUUCAUCAAGAACCCCCGUUUUGAGCCGUGGUACAAGCACAACAUCGCUCCCGCCAUCAUCCGCAAAUACCGCAAAAGCCACCGCGACAGCGGUCUUUCCGCGUCCGGCUUGCACUUUGAGGACUUUGUGCGUUACCUGGGGGACGCCGAGGGCCGGCGCCACUUGGACCGCCACCACGAGACACUGGAGCGAGACGCCGCCCACAUCCUGAGGAGAGCCGGCAUCGAUCAGCUGGUGUCCUACCCGGCCAUCCCUCCUGGCAUCACACGCUACAACAAGACCAAGGUAGAACGCUACUUCUCAGGAAUCAGCAAGCGGGACAUCAGGCGCCUCUAUGAGCGCUAUGAGGGGGACUUUCACUUAUUUGGAUACCCCACACCUGACUUUCUACUCAACUGACAUUCUGCAGGAAGUAAGCAUUGACAACAACAACCCUAUUUAUGAGAACAUUCUAUUCAAUGUGAAAGAGCAUGUUCCUUUGCACUCCAAUUUGGAUUAGUUUUAUAGAGUAUAACUCAGAAAUAACACGUUUAUAUUUUCUCUACACUUGCCUAAGGUCCGUGAUGGUUCCUGAGAGAGGCGUUAAAUAGAAGCGCCUCAAAGGUGCGAUGAUGCCUUCGUCCUUCGUCAUUGUACUUUUUCCAAGAUGGAAGUUCUGUUACUCCUACUGUUACUCCCACCAAUGGACAAAUGUCUUCACUACUGCUUAUGCCAUUUUUUUUAUGUAGCUGUUAGUCACACGGAGCCUUGGUACGGUGUUUUAGACCGAUUACAAAGUAUAACACGUACAUGUUCUUUAACCUGCAAUACCGUUUUUGUUAUUUAUAUCAAGCUAAUGACAAACUACUGUAGAGGACCUCACAUUUAAAAAUGGGACCCGUUUCCCUCCCUGCUUGGCACUCAGCAUCAAGGGUUGGAGUUGGGGGUUAAAUCACCAAAAUGGUUCCCGGGCGCGGCGCCGCUGCUGCCCACUGCUCCCCAAGGGGAUGGGUCAAAUGCAGAGGACAAAUUUCACCACAUCUAGUGUGUGCGUGACAAUCAUUGGUACUUUAAUCUUUAAUCUUUAAUUUCUGCAAAUAUUUUGCUGUCUUUUCAUGGGACAACACUGAAGAAAUGACACUUUGAUAUAACGUCAAGUAGUCGAUGUACAGUAUAACUGUACAUGUACCGUUCAAAUCGCUGGCUACAUAAGUGAGUACACAGAUAAAGUGUCAUUUCUUCAGUGUUAAUAAAAAAUAAUCGCAGAAAUGUGAAGCGUGAACUCUCUUUUUGCGAGGAACUUUUACACUAGUCGUUGCUGCACUAGAGUAACCCUAAUGAGAAUAAUAAUAAAGUCUAUCACUUUAAAGUAAGAUAUGUAGCUUUUGCAUCGUUAUGUGUGAGUUAAGAAAAAGAAAUGCUGAUCAAUGUUGGCGACUUGCCCGGUCAAAGCUGCUCAAAUGUCGCAACCAUCAUCAAGGAUAAAUGUAUUUGAGCAUGUGAAAGGUUCUACUGCUAUGAAAGGCACAGUGAUAACAGCAGCACAGUAGUCAUAGUAGUCUCUUCCAGUGUGCAGGACAACUACAGGGAUAAAAGUAAGGCGUUGUUCAUUAAAAUAUUUUUUCUAAUGUC